AUGUCCGCCGCCCUUAGCUGCCGCCCCCGCGACAAUCGGCAGCCGCCGCGCGCCGCCGCGGGCCCGCGAGGCCCGAGGCCGGCCCGCCUGUCCCCGUGCCGGGCCCGAGUCCCCGCGCCACUGAGCUCCCUCGCGCCACGCCCCGCGGGCGCCGCCUCCGCCGCCCGGCGAUGCUCCGCCCCGCCGCCUACUCCGGUGCCGGCCGCCGCCGUUGGCCGCGGCCCCGCGCCGCCCCGCUCCCGCCGCCCGCGCCCUCGCCGGCGGGCCCGUGCUCCGCGGUCCAGCCGCCCCCUCGCCCACGCCGCCGGGCUCCUCCUCCACUCCGGCCACCGCUGCCCCCAUACUCCGGCGGCCCGAGUCGAACCCUAG